CCCAAUCAGAACGCAGACAGCGAGCAGGAUUUGAGCACAACGUCACUAGCUUCAGCCAAUGGGUGACUCCCGCUGCAGAGGAAGCGCAUUGUUCAAAAACAAACCAGCUGAGAUUCAGAGAGCUUCGAACUAAAGACGAAGAAGCAGCAGGUAAGCAUGGCGCUGUCUUUGUCCUCCCCAUGUGGAUGUCCCUAUGAUGAGGACGAGGAAAUAGCCGUCUUUGAGUCUACAGCAGCAGAGCAUGGAGGCCCAGCCAGACCACGUCUACCUGAGAUAUCUGUCAUUUCCCCUGGCCUGGACACCCGGCAGUCCACUACAGAAUCUAAACUUGAGGUUAAACGUGCAGUGGUGACACAAGGAAGCUGCAAUGAAGGGAGUACAGAGAGAGUGAAGGUUUUUCUGCGCAUCCGGCCACUCACUGAGACAGAGAGAGAGAAGGGAGAAGAGCAGGGUUGUGUGGCUGUUCAAGAUGAAGAGACUCUGCUGCUGAAAGCUCCAAAAGAAUCUCAGAACAUGAGGACUGCAGAGAGGGGCAUCACUCAGAGUAUGCACAAGUUCAGUUUCUCAAAGAUAUUUGGGCCUGAGACAGCACAGCAAAAGUUUUAUGAAUGCACGAUGAAGACGAUGGUGAAAGAUGUGCUUCAAGGAGAAAACAGACUCCUCUACACUUAUGGUGUCACCAAUUCUGGAAAAACUUAUACUAUUCAGGGCCGUGGUCAGGAGGCAGGCCUUCUGCCCCGGGCUUUAGCGUCUCUGUUCAGGAAACUGCAGGGUCGUCUCUAUGGUGCUAUGGACCUGAAGCCUAUCAUGUAUCAGGAUGUGAGGCAGCUUGAUGCCGGCGAGGUCAGGGUGGAAGAAAUCCGCAGGAACUCUCUGCUCAAAGAGGACGAGAAUCAGAGCUCUUGUCGCGGUGGUACAACUACAGUCUGGGACAGUGGCAUUGGAGGACUCUCAUAUACAACUCACAUUGCCACUCAGCUUGAAGACACAGACAGUGUUUGCCUGGAGCCUGACAGCCUUUCACACAGUGGAGGAGAUGAUCUGGAGGAAGGGGUGCAGUUUUCUAUCUGGGUGUCCUUCUAUGAGAUCUACAAUGAGUUCCUGUAUGACCUGCUGGAUGCGUCGCCUUCCCUGCAUCCCCGAAAGAGAGUCACACUGCGCCUUAGUGAAGACAAGCAGGGCAACCCCUAUGUGAAAGACCUCACCUGGAUCCAGGUCCGCAGUGCUGAGGAGGCUUGGAGGAUUCUGAGGGCUGGAUGUUGUAAUCAGAGCUUCGCCAGCACUCACUUCAACCAAAACUCCAGCCGCAGCCACAGCAUCUUCUCCAUCCGUGUCCUGCGCAUCCGCCCAGUGGCAGAUUCGUCUCCAGCCGUGCACAUCAGCGAACUGGUUGUGUGUGAUCUGGCUGGAUCUGAACGCUGCAAGGAGCAGCGCAACGGAGAGAGGAUGAAGGAGGCCAACAACAUAAACACCUCCCUUCUAACGCUGGGACGCUGUAUUACUGCCCUGAGGCACAACCAGAACAGCAAGACGAGACCCCCUCAAGUGGUGCCCUUCAGGGACAGUAAACUGACCCGGGUUCUGCAGGGCUUCUUCUGUGGCCGAGGAACCUCCAGCAUGGUGGUCAACAUCAAUCCUUGUGCCUCCAUUUAUGACGAGACACUCCAGGCCCUCAAAUUCUCAGCUAUUGCUACUCAAUUGGUCCAUGGCCCGUCCACAAAAACCAGAGUGGCCUACAUUCUGUCCCUACUGCGGCAGCCAACAGCAAAUGGCAAUGAAAGCACGCUGAUGGAAGAAGAGGAGGAUGAGAGUGAUGUUGAAGAUGGCAACAUCACCAUGUUAAAUAAUGAGGCUUUGCUGCAGGCCAUUGACGUCCUGAAGAGAGAGGUGCAGCGCCAGCGGGAGGAGAGGGAGGUUCUUGAGGCAAAUGUGAGAGAGCAGGUGGUCUCCGAGAUGAUGGAGGUCAUCUCCGAGAUGCAAGAUGGCUUCAGAGAGACCUUGGAGGCAGAGAGGGCUCUUAUUGAAGAGAGGUACGAAGACAAGAUCGCUAACAUUCAGAAACAUCUGAAGAAGUUCUACAGCCAAGAACUGAAGGAGCGAGAUCAGGAGAUUGAAGCUUUGUCUGCCGCCCUUGAAAAAAGCAAGGAAGCUGAAUCAGUGCCACAGAGAGACUCUGGGGGGCCUCGACGUUCUCAGCGCCUCAUGACUCAAACAGAAAGUGGCAGGCUGCAGGCUGAGUUCGACCAGUGUCGCGCUGAGCUGCUCACUAAGACAGAAGAGCUGACAAAGCUGAAGAUGCAGCUGGAGAUUCCAGGUUCAACAGGCUCCCUCACUAGUGCUGCUGACCGCAAGCUAGAGGAGGGUCAACGGAACCUACGUCAGCUGCGCCUGGAUCUGCAGAGACUUGGGGCAGACCUGCAGUCUGGUGAACGGGCCUGUUGUCGCAACACAGGAGGGGAAAGGCUGCGGCAGGCAUUGGCAGCUGCAGACGAGACACUGGCAAAACAGGACCAGAUCCUGGUGGAGCUCCAGAAUGGCCUGAUGCUUGUAAAAGCUGAUCUAAGGCGGAAAGCUGAGACCCUGGCCCAGACACAGGCCGUCCAGCCCCAGCUGCCCCCCUCAGGUUGCUAUACCUCUGCCACGCUGGGUUUCUGCAAGAAAAGGGGCUGUGGGGCUGCUGCACCCAAUGACACUGAGAACCGGCCUCCACAAAAACGUUCCUUUUUCCCAUCUCUGACUUGUACCCCGACGCGUAAAUACAACAGUCGUGCUGUUGAACAAGCCAACGUUACCCCCUACUCCAGGGUCUUGCGGUCUCGCCAGAAAUCUCCGCCUUUCGGUUCUCCCUUCACCCCACGUUUCAAAUACUGAGCUCUUUGGAGCAUCAGUGGGAGCAUCUUUUUGAUAUUAUGCAAAAACAGAGUUAUAUUUGCUGCAUACUUUAUAGUAUUUUUAUGUUGUUUUGGAUUUGUUCACUUUUUGCAUUGCAGUUAACUCCAUAUUAUCAUGCCAAAUAUGGUUAUGGUAUUCAUGCCAGUAAAACAUUUAUGCUUUAAAUAGGGUUGCAGUAUACUACUAAGGGAAUGAAUGUGUUCUUGCAAAGCUAUAGUAGGAGUAGUGCAUGUGUGUAAUUAACCUUCUCUGACUCUGCAACUCCUCCACAUGCGUUUGCUGUAAAUACUUUUGUUUUCCCCACAAUAAAUUCUGCCAAAAAACGCA